UCACACUACACACGGGGCAACGCGAGUUCAUAACGCGCGCGCUACCGUGAUUAUUGCCCGUGUUCGGCGCGAAGUUAACGGCGCCGACGUCACAGGCUAGCCCAGUUCAGGCGGAGAUCUGCGGUACGUUCACCGACAACGUUCAACACCGAACGGCGCACGGCGUACUCCACUGCCAGCAGCACUCGAUCGCUUUCCUUUCCACUCGACCGGGGUACACCGCACAUCAGUCACCCGAGUCGCCGAGCACAAUAUUCGCAGUCGCGUCGCUGGUCUUUUACACACGGAUUUCUCUACACUCUUUUGCCCGUGCAUUGGUUUUUGGUCGCGGUGGGCGUGCGUGCGUGCGUGUGUACGUUUCAUUAACCCGUAUGCGCGCGUGUGUACGAUACGCACACCGUUAGUGUUGUGUGUGUGCGUUUUCACAACUGGCCGCGGCGGUGCGCGCGAUGUGUGUGUGCGAAUUAAUCUGUUCCAAUUGAGGUCCGGUCAACUGACGGACGGUCCGUGUUUCGUCAACAUUUACGUCGGCUCCAUCGUCAACGUUGUCGUUGUUGUUCACUUAAAGCCUUCGAAUCGUAGAGAUGGAAUUCCAUUGGCGUUAUCGUUGUAGAACUUAUUCUAUCGAUCUUAUAAAACCAAUCAACAUUGAUCGGAAAACAUGAUUUGAAUCAAAUAAAAAAUUUAUGUUUCGUGAAUUAUUUUAAUUUUUGUUUCUUUUAAAUUCAUUUUAAAAUAAAAAUUAAAAUGUCUCCAGUGGAAAAAGACCAAACGCUCACCUCAAAUUCUCUGGGGAAUUCCUUGAAUAAAAUACCACAUUCACAAUCUACUCCUGGUGUAUCGGGUUCUAAAACGCCACCUACAACUCCUAGGAGGGGAGUGAAAAUGCUCAAUGUUCGUGUCCAAAUGUUGGAUGAUUCAAUCACGCUUUUUCAAGUGCAGACGAAAGCUGACGGGUCUGUUUUAUUUGAACAAGUAUGUAAGCAACUAAAUUUGUUGGAAGCCGAUUAUUUUGGACUUGAAUAUCAAGAAGGUUCUACUAAACAUUGGUUAGAUUUAGAAAAGCCAUUAAACAAACAAAUAGGAUUAUCAUUAGUAGAACCAUUAAUGAGGUUUUGCGUUAAGUUCUACACACCUGAUCCUGCUCAACUGGAAGAGGAAUACACCAGAUAUCUGUUUUGUUUACAAAUUAAGCGAGAUUUAUCACAUGGGCAUAUGCAAUGUAAUGAUAAUACUGCUGCCUUAAUGGCUUCUUAUAUUGUACAAGCUGAAUGCGGUGAUUAUUCAGCCGAUGAUUAUCCAGAUCAUACUUACUUAUCAUCACAUAAAUUUGUCCCUCACCAAGAUAGAGAAAUGGAAAUUAGAAUAAUGGAAAGUCAUAAAAGACAUAUUGGACAAUCACCGGCAGAAGCAGAUUUAAACUUAUUGGAAACUGCACGUCGAUGUGAAUUAUAUGGGAUCAAAAUGCAUUCAGCAAAGGAUCCAGAAGGUGUACCUUUGAAUCUUUCUGUUGCACACAUGGGUGUAUUAGUUUUUCAAAAUUUUACAAAAAUUAAUACAUUUUCUUGGGCCAAAAUUAGAAAAUUGAGCUUUAAGCGGAAAAAAUUUCUUAUCAAACUACAUCCUGAGGGAUAUGGUUAUUUUAAAGACAUAGUAGAAUUCAUAUUUGAAACUCGUAAUGACUGUAAAAGUUUUUGGAAAAAAUGUGUAGAAAAUCAUGGGUUUUUUAGAUGUUUUACUGUUAAACGUUUACCCCGACAAAGAACUAAGGUCCUUAGUCGAGGAUCAUCAUUCAGAUAUAGCGGUAAAACUCAAAAACAAAUGGUGGAAUUUGUUAGGGAAAAUUUUGUUAAACGACAAACAUUCCAAAGGUCUCAAUCAUUUCGGCAUACUGGAUUGUCGCAUUCUACUAUAUCCAAUGUUGGUUCCAGUAAUUCAGCACAUCCUUUAUUACCCCUUGCAAAUUCGGAAGCCACGAGCCUAGCGGGUUCUCUGAGUCCGAACGUAGUCCGUCACCAGGGGUUGCCUGGAGAGGUGUUGACUACUCAAGUUGUACAUCCGACGACAGUGACGACAACAACUUCGGACAUAACUUCCAUCACUUCGUCCCAGCACUCGUACAGCGUCAACGAUCCAGGUGAUACUCCUGAAGAAGUAGACUCUCCAUUCAAGAAGGUGAAUGGAUUGACUCCAACAUUAUCUACCACAUCAGUUAAAGAAAAUGGUGUAGUGACAGUGGCAUCAUCUACUCCAAAAAAUCAUAUAACAAAUGGAUCUUUAGGAAAUAUAAGUAACGAUCAUUAUAGCAACAUUAGUACCAUUGUUAACUCCAAAGAUGAAACUUUAUUGAGAAGUCUUGAAGUCACUGAUACAAAACGUAAAAGACCUACAGACAGAGCAUAUUUUAUUACUAAAGAGUUAUUGAUGACGGAGCGCACUUAUAGAAAAGACUUGGAAGUCAUUAACUUUUGGCUACGAGAUGAAAUGAGUAAAGAAGAUGAUGAAAUGGGACAAAUAGAAGCAAUAAAUAUGCUUUUAAAUUUAAUUGAUCCAAUUUAUGAUGCUCAUUCUAUUUUCUUGAAAGAUGUAGAAAUGAGAUUGAACAAUUGGGACCCUCCAUGUAUAGCAGAUAUUUUACUACAGCAUUUUAAUUAUUUGGAGUUGUAUGAUCAUUAUUUGGAUGAACACCUUAAUGUUUUAGAAAAAAUUGAUCAUUCAUAUCGUACUAACAAGAGAUUUGAAACAUUUUAUAAAGACUUUGAGAUGGAAAAAGUGUGCUAUUUGCCAUUGUCUUCAUUUGUUUUAAAACCACUUCAAAGAUUACUCCAUUAUUCUCAUUUAUUAGAAAAACUAAUAAGACACUAUGGUUCUUCACAUAAUGACUACAAUAAUUGCUUGGAAGCAAGAGUAAAACUGUUAAAAGUAACCAAGAGACUGCCAAGUGCACUUCGCAGAUCAGAAAACUUUGUACAGCUCUGUGAGUUAGAAAGAGAUAUGGUUGGCAUUGACACUCUUCAUGUUACUGGCCGAGAGUUUGUUCGGCAGGGGUGUCUUACCAAAUUCUCACAAAGAAAAGGUUACCAACAGCGCAUGUUUUUUCUGAUGUCUGACAUGUUGUUUUACACGGCAAGGGUUGGCCACAUGUUUCGCGUCCAUGGUCAGAUACCCCUCAACGACCUCUUUGUUGAAGAAAGAACUGACAACCCAACACAAUAUUCUUUUUCAAUCUAUUCAAAUAACAGGGUAAUCACAAUUGCGGCGAACAGUCAGGAGGAAAAAGAUAAAUGGUUGGAAGAUAUUGCAGCAAGUGUUCAAGUAUUCAAGAGAGAACGGACUACAAAUAUUGAGCCACCCAAUAUUUAUUUGAGUUUAAAAUCAUGCAAUUCCUCAGAUGACAUGAUAAGCAACAAUGGUGACUAUAAUGGAGUUAUGACCGAAAUUAAUGGUGGGAAAGUGCCGAGUACCGCACAAAGAAAUAAUACCACUGUACAUGUGUGUUGGCAUAGGAACACGAGCAUUGGCAUGGCUGAUCAUCUCCGAGCCACUGAGAAUCAGUUAAGCGGUUUUCUGUUGCGCAAAUUUAAAAAUAGCAAUGGCUGGCAAAAACUUUGGGUUGUAUUCACCAAUUUCUGUCUGUUCUUCUACAAGUCUUUCCAAGAUGACUCGCCGUUAGCCAGUCUGCCUCUACUAGGUUAUAACGUAUCCAAACCUAAUGAAGAGGACUCUAUCUUAAAAGAUUUUGUUUUCAAGUUGCAGUUCAAAAAUCAUAUAUACUUUUUCAGAGCUGAAAGUGAAUAUACAUUUGGCAGAUGGAUGGAUGUAAUUGGCAGUGCUACGCAACAUUCCGGCCGUAUGAGACUGUUCAGCCGCAAAGACAGUGAAAAUAAUUACUCGGACAUUAUAGUCAAAUGAAUAUAAUUUUGCAAUCAAAAUAUAUUUUUUAUUAUUAUUUUUACUUAAGGGAACUAUUUAACACGACACUUAAAGUUAAGAAAUUUUAGGUUUAUUAUAAUAUAACUGUUACAAAAUCGA